AUGUUUGUUGAAUUUAUCCUGAACAUGAUUUCGCAAUUUAAACGGCCAUAUAAUAUAACUGGAUUGCUCAUAGUUUAUCCUGGGUUCAUGCUAUACAUUCUUGAAGCUCCCAUUAAAAGUCUCAUGUCUGUGCUGAGGGGUCUUUCGGAAUCCGAACUUAUCUUAAAUCAAACCCUUACCACUGGCAAUUCUUUGAAAAGUUAUAAUAUCAGCAACGAAGAAGAGGAAGAAGAAGCGUCGGAAACCUGGAGUGAUGAUGAAGUUAUUCGAACGAUGAAUUUGGAAGAUUUUGUUCCGGAAAUCUAUCGGAUGAGAAUGACUGCCCUCCUUAAUAACUUGGUUGAUGAUCACCCAGAGAUGAUUCCGAAUUUGGGUAAAUUAAUUUAUAUUAUUAAGUAUGUUCUAUGCAGUGAUGCAAUUGUUUUGUAUCACAACCUCUCUUUAAACAAAAGUACCUUGCACGUUAAUAUUAGCAAUCUUUGCAGAUAA